GCUGCGCUUCCAUUCUCUAUCUUUUAACUCAAAUAAGUUAUUGGUAUCACCCUUUUACUCUGGGAAUUCCAAUAUUCAUUUAAAUGCGGUAAAGUCUUGUUGGUAGUGCGAAUAUGAAGGGCGAUGGCAGCAGUGGAUGCGACGGCUCUUCGGCAGCAGCAGCCACAGGACCUGAGUCGCCCAAGGCAAACGAUCCUCCCUUUCCCUUCUCCUUCCUUGCCGGUACUAGGACUAACGCGUCUGCAGCUGCUGCAUCAGAGCGGGCUUCACCUCCUGCAGCAGCAGCGCUGCGCUGGAUAACCCAAGCUGCCCACGCAGACAUAGUUUCAGCAACUGCCUUUACAUCGUCAGCUGAUAGGUUGCUAGCCCCCGAUAGUGCUGCGUGGAUGGUCACGAGCAGCGUCGAAACGAUACCAGCUAAAGCCCGCACCUCACUGCUAUGGGGAGGCAUCGGCGGUGGUGCAGCAGGAGACGCAGCUGGCAUACGCAAAGCCGCCGGCCCUCUGUAGCGGUCUUAGGACUCGACAAGAAACCGCAAGGCUUCAGCCUCCCUCCGUCCAGCAGCAAGCGUGGCUGACAUACGUUCCGUGGGGGGCCUCCGGCCUGCUGUGAAUGCUCUGUGGAUGGUAGCCUUGAGCGAAUCAACUGAUAGGCGAGAGGCAACCUCUCGAACCACCUUCUCCACAGGCCUGUUUUCAGCUGCUGUUUGGCUGGAGCCCUGUCUCUGUUGGCUCCAUACCCUCGCCUUGCAAGCUGUUGGACGCUGGGGUUGAGGUACCAUGCCACUGCUUGUAUACGUCUGCCGCAACAGAGUGCACGCAGGCGUUAUGUGCCGCAAACAUAUGGCAAGUGCUGCUGAACACUCCAGCACGGACGGAGACAACAGCGUGUACUGGGCACGGAUUAAGUUUACGUUUCUGAGUUUCAGGCACCAACUGCAUGGCUGCUGACAAAACAUUCUUGCAUGAAGUGAAGGACUUCGUAAUUUCAGGUCAGCACAUAUUCGGAAAGUACUCUUUAAGACAAUAACAAGGG